AGACUGAGAGCCUCCUGUACAGCAGCCUUGCAGAGAAGUAUUUUUGACCUUGGCAUCUAGACAUCUUCCAUCUCCCCCAUGGCCCUAACAAUGCUGAAUGAGCUCCUCAUUGAGGACCCAAGCCCACCUAUACUGCUGUACCAAGUUAGCAAGACUGAAAAGUUAGAUACCCUCAACUAUCAGAGCUACGUUAUGCAGGGCAUCUUUGCCCAUUUCCCUGAGAUCUUAUUUAUCCACCGGACCUAUAACCCAAUGGGCAAGGUGUUAUAUACCUUCCUUGUGGAUGGCCCUCGGGUGCAGCUGGAGAGUCAUCUUGCCAGGGCAGUCUACUUUGCCAUUCCUGCCAAAGAGGAUGCCGAAGGCCUGACUCGGUUAUUCCAGGUGUUCAAGAUGUUUAACCCAGCCUGGGAGAGAAUCUGUACUAUCCUGGUAGAUCCCUACUUCCUCCCUCUGCCCACCCUAUCUAUGGAGUUCCCCACAGCUGAGGUCCUGCCCUCAGCCUUCCACAUCUGUAAGUUUCUCCAGGGCAAGUUCUAUCAGCUUUCCCUCGAACAGCCUGUGGAGCAGGUGCUCCUGACCACCCUGCAGAGUACAAUGUGCUCAGCCACAGCUGGCAACCUGAGGAAGUUGUAUACACUCCUGAGCAACUGCAUCCCCCCAGACCAGCUCCCCAAGCUCCACUCAUACUGGCUGCUCAAUGACCGCAUCUGGUUGGCCCACCGUUGGAGAAGCCAAGCCGAGAGCAGCCACUACUUCCAGGGCCUGGAGGUCACCACCCGCAUCCUCAGCCAGUUCUUUGGCACCACCCCAUCUGUGGAACAAGGCAUGACCUCCCUGCUCCGAUACAUGCAGCAGAACUCUCGAGACAAGGCAAGCUUCAGCCUAGGCCUGAGUCCCCAGAGCAAUCGUGCCCCCUUGGAUGUCAGCCCCCAAAGCCCCAAAGUGGAACAGUUGGUAGAAGCCUGCAUUCAGAACUCCCUCCAUACCAUCUGCACGGAGCCAGCAGCCCAGCUCUGCCUGUGUGAGCUUGCUGUGGUCCAGAAAUCUGUGCAACUCAUUGGCUCUGGCUCAGAAAAGGUGAACAUACAGAUCCUGGAAGACACCCAUAGAGUGCAGCCCCAGCCCCCUGCCAGCUGCACCUGCUACUUUAACCAGGCCUUCCACCUGCCCUGCCGCCACAUCCUAGCCAUGCUUGAUGCCCACCACCAGGUGCUCCAGCCCGAUAUGCUGCCACCUCAGUGGACAGCAGACUGUGCUGCUAGUCUAGAUGACAUCCUGGACAGCAAAUGGAAUGAGACCCUGGAUAAGCACUUGGCUGUAGCUCUCCUCACUGAGGAGGUGGGUCAGCUCUUACAACACUGCAGCCAGGAGGAGUUUGAACGGCGGUACAGCACCCUGCGGGAACUGGCAGACAUCUGGAUUGGCCCUUAUGAGCAGGUCCAACUGUGAUUACCCUGUGCCAAGAGAUGCUCAUACACAGGUACACUCUCACGUCCUCCCCUAUUCACACCGUUGUACUUCCAUGGACCCUCCCUCCAGGACAAAACAGGGGUUUUCUAUUCUACUCUAGACUGCUACCUACAAUAUGUCUAGUUUCCUGACAGGAGUCAUCAGACCUUUUCUGUAAAGAGCCCAAAGUUAAAUAUUUUCGGUUUUGCUGGCCAUAUACAGUCUGUUGUAUGUUCUUGGUUUGUUUUUUUGUGUUUUUUUUUCAAACCUUUUCAAAAGGUAAAAACGAUUCUUAGCUCAGGGACCUUAUAAAAACAGGUGACCCUGCUCUAAGAUAAGAGAUAUAGAUAGUGGGUGGAGAUCAAGGUCUGAGAUAACAGUUUCCCCAGUCAUGAGAUAACUUACAGAGGAAGAGGCCCCUUAGAGGAGCUGGUUCAGCCAGGUUCCCAGGCUUUUUACCAUCCCCACCUCCUGCCCCAUUCUGAGGUCAUUAAAGUUGAAUGUUGCCUA